CAGAAUAAGUGGAAGAAGAUAAACUAAAAAUGUUCAGUUCAAAAUCAGCUGCUAAACUUAAAAAUUUGUGUUCAAUACAUAUUCUAAAAAACUAUAGUUCAAAAAAUUCAAGAAUAAUGAGUAACUGGGAAACAGAAAAACGUAAAUAUUUAACCAUGGACUUGGAAGAAAAACGCAAAUUAUAUAAAUCAUACCAAACAGUGCAUGAUAUUCCUACUUGGAAAGAAUUCGCCGAUGCAAAGAAACUUUUGCCAAAAUUAGAUAUGUUACCGGGUUGUGAAAUAGAUAAGUCGAAAAAUCAUAGCUUGGUUAAUAAGAUUUCUUACUUUAGCGGAGAUAUUACGCAUCUUGAGAUUGAUGCUAUCGUGAACGCAGCCAAUUCGUCUCUUCUUGGAGGUGGUGGAGUAGAUGGAGCAAUUCAUAGAGCUGCCGGAUCUCUGUUGAAGGAAGAAUGUAAAACAUUAGGAGGAUGCCAAACAGGGGAAGCCAAAAUUACCGGCGGAUAUAAAUUACCGGCAAAAUACGUAAUCCACACUGUUGGUCCACGCGGAGAGAAAACAGAUUACCUAAGAAAUUGUUACAAGAAUAGCUUGGAAGUGAUGCUCGACAACAAGCUAAGAACCAUUGCUUUCCCGUGCAUAUCCACAGGGAUCUAUGGUUACCCGAAUCUCCCGGCCGCCCAUGUGGCUGCAUACACAGUCCGUAAACAUUUAGAAGCCCAUGAAGGAGACAUCGAUAGAGUGAUAUUCUGCCUAUUUAUGGAUGAGGAUAAGAAAAUUUAUGAAGAGCUGUUACAGUCUUACUUUCCAUUAGAAUAGUUUCUGAUGCACUGGUAAAUGACUUUUUGUAAGCUUAUUGUAAUUAUGGCUGGUUAUUGUUAUAUUUUCGAUAUAUUUGUAGAUAUUAAUAAUUUUAAAUAUCAAUGUGUAAUGUUUGUACUUGUAUAUUAGGUAAUCAAAUUAUUGGAGCCAUUUAGUAAAAUGAAAAUUUUGAUUUUAAAACGCUAUAAAAUGUUGGAGGGCUGAUCAAGUAUGAAUCAACCUUUUUUAACUACUUUUUAAGUAAUGAGAAUUAUAAUUUAUGAACAAUAUUUUAUUUUCCCAUAUAUAUUUUUUCAUUUGAAUACAUUACUACCAGCGACGCUGCUCCAGCGUCCACGUUGAUUAUCUAUUUCAUUUUCAUAAAAACAAUGAGUGGAUAUCUUUGAGCAUUUAAACAUGAACUACUCCACUUGGUCACCGUCCGUCGUCAAAACGUGCUUUUUACAGUACAUUAUUAUUUAAUAGCCCAUACAUCCACUAAAAACAGCGAAAGGUGUGUACUACGUGAAAGAUAUUCAGCAACAGUCCUAAACGGUUAAUUAAAAGAUACUUUUAGUAUACUUUUUCUAUUUUUUUCAAUAUAUUUCUGUCAUUCUUUCACUCUUCCGUUAAUGAUCUAAUAAUAACUCGCUCAGUUGUCGCUUAGUAAGAAUUUGUCUGUCGGAUAUUUCAUUUUUCGUCAACUUGUGUCAAUGAAAACCAUUGCCUGGUUGUCAAAGAUGAAUUUUGUAACAGUUACUGUCUAAGUCAUACAUGAAUGUGUACUUGAAUGUCUAAAGGAAUCCUGGAUCUGAGAAAAUGUCCUAUAGUUGUUUACACUAUAAAAGUUUCAUUUUCACUUCGUGUUUAAUUUUUUUGUUCACUUUUUCUUCUAAAUAAACUUUUUGGGAACUUCAUUGGUACAUGCCAUUUUCCUGAUGCAGUUAUCGAGGUUUAUUUAAAGUUUUGUUUUCCUCGAUGAAGUCGUUGCAGUGUAACAAACACACAAACUUAUUUGCUGUGAGCCGAUGAGUAGAGGGGAUUUGACAGUUUUCGCCAGCGCUGUUAGUGGCAGUUUUGUGCAUUGAAUUUGAACAAUUUUAUCAGAAAAGUACAAGUUUCACACCGCGAGAGAGCGCUACCGACGAAACUCACAGCCAGUAAAAACAGGUAACCUCUAAAUUUCACAUAAUCUUCUUCUUUUUCUCAAUGGCCUCUUGCUUAAACAGUCAUCCAGUCGAACGAAUGUUUAUAGUAAAUAUUAAAAUUAUAAUGAAUAAAAUAAAAAAAUAUAAUUACUUUUACUAUUAAUUCUGUGUAUUCGUUCAGUAAUCAGAUUACAAUAAUAUUUCAGUUCGUAAUUUGUGUUUUUCUAGAUAAAUAUCUAUUUUUCUCGUUUUAUAUAUUUCACAUCCACCAAUUUUAUCAGACCGCGAGAGAGCGCAACCGUCGAAACUCACAGGCAAUCAGUGAAUUGUACUCAUAGACAUAAUAAGAAUAGAUUAAGUAGGGUAUGGGCCACUCUGAGAAUAGAGGUGAAACGACGAUAUUCAUAGUUUUGUUCGCGAAGACAAUCCCUGAGUGAUUCCUGACUGAUUCGGAUGCGCAGUUCCGUUGUCAAGCGUUCGCGGUGUUAAAAAUCCGGGACAUAGAGUUUGAUUUUCGCGGAGUGUUUCUAACUGGUUCAUGAUCAGUCAGAAACAGGUCCAUUUGCUUACAGGCACGGUAAGUGGUCAAGUUUUUUGUUUGUUGUUGAUUAAUCCUAAUCAACUGGUUAAUUUUAUAAAUCAAUAAUCUCGUUUUAUUUUUAAUCUACCCAUUUAACGUAAACUUUAUGAUAAUAUACGUAACUAUACUUUUUCUUUUAUAUUAUAAUAUAAUAGAAACGUUAUAACAUCCAAUAUUAAAACUUAUAUAAAACAUUAUCUUAAAUGUAAACCAUCAGAUAAUGUUUGUUAAGGUUAGAAAUGUUGUCUUUUGAGUUGUAUUUUGUCUAGUUUGCGGCUAGAAACAAUAAGAAUUGUCCGAAAAUCGUUCGCGGAGAAUUGUAAACUGUAAACUAAUAACUAACCUAAACUUGUCUAAAACUAGUCAGGGGACGACUUUGUUCGUCUCCACGAACAAAGCUCGUUAGUUAUCUUUGAUAGAUAACAGUGAUAGAUAGAUCAACGACAGAGUGCUCUGCGUUUCACUAUUUUGCUCACAAUGUCUAUUCUUAUGAUGUCUAUGGUUUUAGUUCAUGACACUGAUGCGCAAUGACAUCUGAGUUACAUAUUACAAGGUCAGCAUUGUUGCAAAUCUAUUUAUAAUAUAAUAAUAGGAGACAACUCCAGGUAAUAGAAACAAACACGUAAAUACAUUUUACAGAUCAAUUAUAAAGAAGUUGUACAUAAAAAAUUAAAUGUACAAUGCGGCUAUAAUAAUUUGAUAAUCUCUUAUAUCAAAAGACUAUCUUUAGAUUUUUAGUUAAGUAUUUGAUUUGGCUGUGUAUCGAAAGAUAAGAGGCCAUAUUAAAUUAUUAAAGAAAAUUAACUUUCUUACAAUUUUUUAAAGUUGUAAGAUUUUUACAAAUGUAAGAUUUAGUUGUAAAUUUUAAAAGCACACUAUGACGAUGUCAUUCGAAAAGACAAAACAUUAGUUUUAUCUUUUCAAGUUAUUUUUGAAAACCAUUUAGUAGCAUUCAUGAUAAAUUGGAUGUAUAUUGGUACAGAAGAACUUAAAUAACUCUUUUCUUUUAUAUACAUCAACUUCCACUAAUUUUUCCAUUAUCUGUAGUACCUAUAUUCUCAUUUGUGUAAUUUAUUAAACAGUCUUUUUCACCUCUUGCUAACAUUUCUUGUGCUGUUGAUCUAAUGUGGUAAUUUGAGUAAUGUUUUUAUCCUCAGUUUGAUGGUAAAGAAAACAAAACAAAUUAUGUAAUAAAUUAGAAACAAAAAUAAUCAUAAGGUACUGUAAAGUCAGACCGUCAUUUUGAGGUCCUUUGUAUUUUAUACAAACAAAUUAAUAAUAGCCUACUGGCAAAAGUUAACAGAAGCAUAUAGUUCUAUACUCAGAUUCACGAGUAAAUUUCAGUGCACACCUUAUGACAAGCGAGGUUGCCGUUUAAAAGCUAGACAGGACCUCUUUGGCCCUUACAUACGAUAACCGAUAACAUUAAACCACGCAAUCAUAUUAGAAGUAAAUGUAACAUUUACAACUUCAAGACUUUUAAAAAUCACACGAAAUUUACUAAAACAUUUUCCUUGAUUUUUUUACUAAAUUAUACAGGGUGUAACAACGAGUCGGAGGCUAGUAGGGAAACUGUCAGCGAUUUUAACUAUUCCGUCAGCAAAAAUAUGUUGCUGUGCAGUGGCUACAAAUUUAAAUUAGUAAUUCAUAUACCUAAAAGAUAUCUCAACUUGAAUUGAUGAAAUAACGGUAAGACUUACAAUUCAAAACAAUAACAGUGUCAAGUCGAAAUUGUCUCUACCCGAUUUCGGAAAAAUCGUCCUGACUGGAACUGCCGGUUUUGGCUGUUGUAAUCACCGCUAGGAUAUCUUCUUGUAAGUUGUCAGCUAUCCACAUUUAUUUUUCAACUCUGAUGACAUGCUGUAUAUAAUUUUGCCACUGUUCAGCAGAGACAUUGGCAAACGCUUCAUGUAUGAGUUAUUGCACACGAUCUUUUUUAAAGUCAGUGUUUCGGGCAGCAACGUAAUGUUUAACUUGACACCAAAUCAUCUCUAUGGGAUUGAGUUCACAGUGAUAGCGAGGCAAUCGUAAUACUUCUAUACCAAGUAUUUCUCGACCAAAUUUUCGAUGUUAUACUUGUCGUGUAUAUUUGCGUAACUUUUUGCUACAUCCAAUAGUUCUGACUCUAAAUAAUCUUCAAAAGUAUAUUCUUUUCUCGUAACCAUUCUUGGAUUUGAUCUUUGUUCCAGAAGCUUCUUGGGAAAUUUUAUUUGUAUUAAUGAUAUGCAGCAUUAUCCAUUAUUACCACAUUUUUCUCUACCUUCUGGAGGUUUGCGAUUAGUUUAUUUUCAAACCAAUCUUCGAACGACUGUUCAUUUCGUCAUGGUAGUCGCCUGAAUAUUUUUUUGCAAAAAAUACACAUACUGAAUUUUGUACAAAACCUCUAACAGAUCCAACAUCUAACAAGACAAAUCUCCGACCUCUUUGUUUUGGAUCUUUUAGACCACUAGUCAAGCCUUCUAAAAAUGCAUCCUUAUAACUGAUUAUGGUUGAAUCCGUCCAUACUUUAGUUACUGUAUAUCCGAUAAAAAUAUCACAAGGAAAAAUUCCUGUACUGGCUGUAUACCAUAAAUCACAAAAAAUAAAAACCUUAUCUUGUAAAAGGUAUAUUUAAAAAUACCUAAAUAUACGAUAUUUACCCGUCAUCCAAAUAGAAAAUAUUGUAUCCUCGCAAUCGAUAAUUCUGUAUUUUUCUGAGAAAUGUAUGCCUCCAAUUUAUUAUGUCAGAACGCUCCAUCAUUACUGCUUUCUUUCUUUUUUUUUCAUUUUUUUUUAAGUGUUCUCAAUUGGCUCCUGAUAAUAAUUGAUAUUCUCAUCGCGUAUCGUUUUACGCGCAUCUGAAGCAGGCUCUGCCACGGUAAGGCCGACGACGAACUCACAACAGCGCAGCGUUUUCUUCUAUUUAAUUAACAUUAUUCAUAAGAGCCAACGCUGAAAUCUACAAGUGAAUCUGAGUAGAAUAUUUUUAUCUCGUAUUAAUUAUUGUAUCUACUGUUUUAAAAUUUUAUUAUUACAAGACAAUAAAACUUGUUUUUAUGACAUGUAUUCUUUUUUAGUUAUCUCUAAUAAUUGUCGAAUAACUGGUUAGUGAAGUAGUUACUAUAUGUUAAGAAUUUGACGAAAUUUGUAUUUUUAAAAUAAAAGUAUUUCUGAUC